GUAAAUACUUCCGGUUUCGUUUUAACCCAAACAACUUCCGGUUAAAAUCCAACAUAGACUUUUUACACUUUAGUACAACAUAUUUGCGUUAUGAAAUGGUUUUCAGGAUCCAUUGGUGACGCCAUUCAAAAGUCAAAAAGAGAGAAACGCAUAUUUAUAGUAUAUAUCACAGGUCAAGAUGAACUUUCAAAGAAAAUGGAUGCCACUUUGGAAAACACAGAAGUAACAGCAUUGUGUGGAGAUCAACACUGUGUAGCUCUAAAACUAAAAGCUAAUGGUGAAGAAUGUGGAUUUUUCUCACAGAUAUACCCAGUUGUUACAGUGCCUUCAGUAUAUUUUAUAGCUGUUAAUGGUUCACCUAUUGAAGUAACAGCUGGUUAUGUGGAACCUACUGCUUUUUGUCAGAUCAUACAAUCAGUCAUUAAAAACCACAGAGCUCAGACUGAUGGCUCUCCUCCUUUGGACACACAAUCUAUCAAAAUGUCUAAUGUACAAACAGCAGCUUCCAGUGGUCAACCUGCUUCUGCACAAGCUGAUUCAGCAUCAAGCAAUCAUACCAUCACUACAGAUUCUAAUAGUUCAGCUGCUCCAGCUUUGGAAGAAAGAGUAGACAUAGCAAAACAAAAGAUUGAAGAAAAAAGAUUGCAAAAACAAGAAAUAGAGGAAGAAGGAAGAAGACAAAAAGAAAUAGAAAGAAGAAAAUUGGGACAGGAUAUGGCCAAACUUAAGCAAUUUCAAGAAGAAAAGAAAAGAAAAGAGUUACAGGAGCAGUUAGCCAAUGAGAGGACAGAAAAGACUAAAGAAAGGGAGAGAAUAAAACAAGAAUUAGAAAAAGACAGGGCCGAAAGAGCAGCUAAAUACAGAAAAGAUAGAGAAACACAAGAAAAACAGAAAGAGGAAAUGAAACAAACCAAAGAAUUAGCCCAGAAUAAAAUUAACAGUGAGGCUGAAGCAAAGAAAAGAGAACAAGCUCGUCUUCAGAUACGACUGCCAGAUGGUUCUUCAUUAACCAAUGUGUUUCCAUCAGGGGAUAGAUUACAAACAGUGCAUGACUUUGUAUCACAGAGGGUAGGAACAAGUGUAACAUUAUCUACAACAUUCCCAAGACGAACUUUCACAGCAGAAGAUAUGUCUAAGACAUUAUUGAUUCUAGAACUGGUUCCCUCAGCAGUGUUAAUUGCAGUACCAGGAAAGAUAAAAGGAGGCACUAUUAAUCCAAGUGGUGGAGGAGGUAUCCUAUCAUUGGUCAUAACUCCAUUAAUUACCCUGUGGAACUUCUUGUAUAUGUUUAUUUUUGGAAGAAGUGCUCCACCACCAGAACAAAAGAAAGAAGAGUCUUCAGAAGAGGAGCAGAUGCCCUCAGAAUCACCAUCAAGUUCAGCUAGCAGAGGUGCUCAACCUCAAAGUGCUUACCAAAGAAGACCAUUAAGGACAGAUGGAAAUGUACGACGAUUAACAGAUAUGAUAGAUGAUGAUGAUGAUGAAAAUGCAACUUGGAAUGGAAACUCUACACAGCAAAUGUAGAGACAAUAUAUGUUGUGAAAAUUUUACAGUAAAAUAUACAUGCAGACAAUUUUUUUUCAAAAUGAAAAUAAGAAUUAUAUUUGUUUAUAAGUAUGAUCUUUGAAUAUUUUGGAUUUGAUAGUCAGCAUGGUCAGCUAUUAAAAAUAGAAAACUUUGCCUUAAUCCAAGCAAUCAGAUUUUACUGAUAGUAUAUUAUUGCUGGCAUGACAGUAAUUUCUUUUCUUUUAAAGGAUUGUGUUAAAAACUAAAAUAAAGAAAAAAAAAUACCUACUUAGUACAUCUAAAAAAGGGACAACAGCAAAGCAAUGCCUUUACCUGGAUAAAUAGAGACAAAUUAGGACGAUACAAGGAUAUACAAAAGUUUGUCAGAUAUUUGAAAUGAGGCUUUGCCAGCUACUGUGGAUUCAUUUAUUUUCGUGGGUACAAAUUUUCGUGGAUUGAGGAAAACUCGCAUAUUCGUGGAUAUUUAAUUUCGUGAUUUUGGUAAAGUCUGCAUUCAUUCCUUUAGAAUAUUUUUUAUUCAUUGGAACAUUUAAAUUGGUGGUUCCCCAGGAAUUCCAGGAAAAUUAGUAUCCAAUGAAUAUUAAUGAAUCCACAGUAACAGAUAUGCAAGGAUGAUUAUAAUCUAAAAUAAUCUUUAUUUAGAUAGUUCUUAAUGGGAAGGCAAGUCUAAUUGAUUUUUUAUUAUUUUAAACAGAGAUCAGUCAUAACUUAUAUUGGUAAAUGCAUCAUUAAAUUUUCAUUUGUUUUUUUAUCAAUAUCAUGUGACAAAGGGAUAUGAAAGAAAUUGUAUUAUUUGAAACAGUGGGUAAUUAUAAAUGAUGUAUUUAUAACAUGUUACAAAGAUGGCAAUACUAUGACUUUUUUUAUUUAUUUUUUGGCAUUUGGUGUUAUUUGCGGUUCUGUAUCUUAAAAUACCAUUUUAAAGUGGAAGAACAAACAGUUCUUAGUUGUGAUGAUUAAUUUAAUAACAUGUGUAGUUAACUUAUAUAUUGGAAUAAAAACAUGAAAGCUG